GCCUGACGCAGAUCGGGCAGCGGCGGAGCGGUGUAGUGCAGAGAUGGCGUCCCUUCUGCAGCCAGACACGGUGGUGUAUCUGGUUCGCGGAGAGAAAAGGAUCAGAGCUCCUUUAUCCCUGCUUUAUUUCUGUCGAUACUGCAGUGAAUUACGGUCUUUAGAAUGUGUGUCUCACGAGGUGGACUCCCACUAUUGCCCAAGCUGCUUAGAAAACAUGCCAUCAGCAGAGGCUAAGCUUAAAAAGAACAGGUGUGCUAACUGUUUUGACUGCCCCUGCUGCAUGCACACCCUGUCCACUCGAGCCACAAACAUCCCAGCGCCUCUGCCAGAUGACCCAACUAAAACCACCAUGAAGAAGGCCUAUUAUUUGGCCUGUGGGUUCUGCCGCUGGACCUCCAGAGAUGUGGGAAUGGCGGAUAAAUCAGUUGCAAGUGGUGGGUGGCAAGAACCAGAAAACCCACACACUCAGCGAAUCAACAAGCUUAUUGAAUAUUACCAACCACUAGCUCACCGAGAAAAACAGGAGAGGGAUAGAAAGAAAAUGGCAAGGAGAAGACAAGGGAUGCCACUGGCUUUUUCGGAAAAAUAUGGACUUGGAACUAGACUGCAAAGGCAAAGACCUGGAGGACCUCUUUCUAGUCUAGCUGGCCUUUCUAUUAAAGAGGGGGAGGACCAGAAGGAGAUCACCAUUGAACCGGCCCAGGCCCUUGAUGAAGUGGAGCCUCUUCCUGAAGAUUGUUACACUCGACCUGUCAAUCUUCCGGAGGUGACCACUUUGAGGCAGCGUCUCCUGCAGCCAGACUUUCAGCCUGCGAACGCCUCUCAGCUCCACCCCAGACACAAGCACCUGCUCAUGAAGCGCUCUUUACGCUGCAGGAAAUGUGAGCACAACCUGAGCAAGCCAGAGUUCAACCCGACUUCUAUCAAGUUUAAAAUUCAGCUGGUGGCUGUGAGUUAUAUCCCUGAAGUGCGAAUUAUGUCCAUUCCAAAUCUCCGAUACAUGAAAGAGAGUCAAGUGCUGCUAACGCUGACCAACCCAGUGGAGAACAUCACCCAUGUGACUUUGGCAUCUUGUGAAGAUGACGAUCCCGAUGACAUCAACAGCACGGCUAAGGUCAUGGUGCCCAGCAAGGAGUUGGUUUUGGCCGGGAAGGAUGCUGCUGCAGAGUAUGAUGAACUAGCUGAGCCUCAAGACUUCCAGGAUGACCCGGAUAUUGUUGCCUUCAGGAAAUCCAACAAGAUUGGUUUCUUCAUCAAAGUGAUCCCUCAGAAGGAAGAGGACGGAGAUGUCACUGUUUCAUUUAAAAUCCGGCACGACUUCCGUAACCUGGCGGCUCCCAUCAGGCCGAGCGACGAGGGAGGGGACGCCCAGGCAGAGGCCAUUUGGCUAACUCAUCAUGUAGAGCUAAGACUGGGGCCGCUUGCUCCAUAAACAACAUACUCCAACGCACUGUCAAAGUAGGAUCUUAUCAAACUAAAAUAACGCGUUUCAGAAAUGUGUCAUCCAGCUAGAGCCUACAGAAAUAGAAGGUUGAAUUAUUGCAUUGUAUGUUUUUGCUGCUCAUCCAAGUAGCUUCUUCAGUUCUGACACGGCUCAUUUCAGUCUGGUCUCUAGUAACACAUCUCUUUUCUGUAAACAGCUAGGAUGUGCUCGUUUCUAUGUACUACUUCUCCUUAAGACGAGCCUUUAAGCUAGUCUCAUGCUAGAGCUGUCAGAGCUGAAGACGGAAUGUACUCACUCCAAAAAAAACCUUUCAUUUCAGAAAUAGUCAGUUUCCGAUCCCACAUAUUCGCAGCUGUAUCACUUAUCAUGUGGCUUAUCACAGUUGUUCAGUAUUGAUGUGGUUAAGACUGUAUGAAUUUUGUUGCAACACUAUCUUAUUCAAAACAUCCUUAAAAUAAAUAUUUAAACUGCGAACACCAUUUUGUACUGAAAGUAAUCUACCUAUAAGCAUCUGUAUUCUAAAAGUCCCUUCUUUAAAUACCACAGAUCAAAAUAGAAACGUGGUGUUAAAGCUGGAGUAAACUGGAGGUGUUCCACAUACUCUCCACCUUUGCACUUAAAACAUAUCUGUUGUUAUUGCUAUCGACACUAGUACUGUACAAAAGGGCAUGUAACUGGUAAAUGUCACAUCUAUUUUACUCCUGUACAAUUUUUUUUAUCUUACUAAAUUCCACUUUUAUUUAUCUUGAGCAACCAUAAGUAUUAGGGCACAAGUGAAGUAAAAAAAAACAUGCUUCUCAUAGACCUGUAAUCCGCUUUUAUUUGCGACCUUUGCUCAUCUAAAGUUUAAUAUGUACUCUUUUGAUUUCUAUACUGUUCUGCUGGCUUGUAUCGUCUGCAUUGUACAAAUCUACUAAACAUGCCCACAUUAUUCUGUUCUGGCUAAUAAAUUAAUACUACAAAUUA